AUGGAGGUUAUCUGUAGGAAAAUUGGUUUUGACAAGGUUUUUGCGGUCGACCCGAUAGGAAGGAGUGGGGGGUUGGCUUUUUUGUUUAACUCGGAGUCUACGGUAGAAGUGUUUAACUACUCCAGACGCCAUAUCAAUAUCAUGGUUAAGGAUGGGGAUAAUAAUCCAUGGUGGAAGCUCACUGGAUUCUACGGCAACCCAGACUGUGCUAAGAGGGCUGAAUCGUGGGAAUUGCUUAAGUUCCUGAACACCUGCUAUCCGACCCCUUGGCUCUGUGCAAGGGAUUUUAACGAGGUUGUAGUGCAGGAGGAAAAGGAGGGCUCAAACCUCAGGAAGGAAUCUCAGUUGACAGGCUUCAGGGAAGCUCUGGAGGAGAGGAUAGGGUCAUGGAACGUUUGGAAGAGGCUUCAAAUUCGAAGCCAGCUGGUUGAACGAUGGGCUCUGCUGAAUUGGAGUGGGCAAAAAUUUGGGAAGGUGGAGGAGGACAUCAAGAGGAAAACUGAUCAGUUGGCUGCUCUCCAAAGCAACGAAUGCCCGGCCUUAGCUACUCAGAUUAGAUCUCUGCAAAGGGAGAUUGAUGACCUGCUGGAGUUUGAGGACAUGAAGUGGAAGCAGCGGGCUUCGGAAUGGAGGAAAACCAAUCGCAUCCGGAGUGUCAUAGAUGAGCAGGGCAGAACGUGGAGGAAAAACAGAGACAUUGGCAAGGUAUUCCUCAGCUUCUAUGAGGAGCUUUUCACCUCUCAAGGGGCUGGCUGGGUGGAGGAGUGCACAAGAUUGGUUGAAACCCGGGUCACUGAUGACAUGAAUAACCGGCUUCUUCACAGAUUCUCAGAGGAGGAAGUCCAGAAAGCUUUAUUUCAGAUGCACACCCUCAAGGCCCCCGGACCGGAUGGCUACCCUGCUGUCUUCUAUUAG